UUGAAAUGGCAAACACGUAACCGGACGGAACACCAUUGUUUGUCAUCCUUGCAACUACUUGGUCUGUCAAGAACUUUAGGAGCGAAAAUCGGCAGCUUUGGCUAAUGGCUCCCACACAAUCAGAAAGAAAAAGAAAAGAAAAACACAAAACAGAAAACACAGAACACCGAAAUCAAUGAAAAGGCCACCUCUUGGUUCCUUUCCGCCCUUUUGCGUUACAAUCAUCCUAACAACUCCCUCUUUUUUUCGACAAUCUCGUACACCCAUUUGAAAACAACACGCAGAACUUCCCCACCCAUUUGAAAAAGAUCGGAUUUUCAGGGAUGGGUUAGGAAUGAAAGAGGAAGUUGGAGCCGUUGUUGGAAGAGAGAAUGAACAAGGAUUUGGCGAGCAUUGUGAAGGCCUGGGAGUACGCCAGAGUCCGGAAGAAAAGAUCCAACAGCAUAUGCGCAACAAUGUCGGUUGCCCCCGCCGACGAAGGCGACGAGGGCGACGCCGACGAUGACCUGGCUGUGAAGGUCCUGCCCAACGGCGACAUGUACAUGGGCCAGUGGGUUGAUAACCUCCCCCACGGUCAGGGAAAGUACUUGUGGACAGACGGCUGUAUGUACUUUGGUGAAUGGUUCAACGGCAAGACCAAUGGCAAGGGCAGAUUCAGCUGGCCCUCUGGCGCCACCUAUGAGGGGGAAUUCAAGAAUGGCUAUAUGGAUGGCCAGGGGACUUAUACUGGGGCAGAAGGGGCCACUUACAGAGGCUCUUGGGCAAUGAAUUUGAAGGAGGGGAAGGGGACUAAGAUGUUUUUCAAUGGGGAUUACUAUGAAGGGGAGUGGCAGAAGGGGUUGCCGGAUGGAAAGGGAAGGUACCAUUGGAGCAAUGGGAACCAUUAUAUCGGGCAAUGGAGGAAUGGGAUCAUGAAUGGAAAUGGAACCAUGAUUUGGGCUAACGGGAAUAGGUAUGAUGGGUUUUGGGAGGAUGGGUUUCCUAAGGGGAAUGGGACAUUCAGAUGGGGUGAUGGGAGUUUCUAUGUGGGGAUGUGGAGUAAGGAUGCCAAAGAGCAGACGGGGACUUAUUACCCGGCAGGAUCACAGGUUGAGCAGAAUGAUUGGGAUCCCCAGCAGGUGUUUUUGGAGGAUUUGAGUGAUUGUAAGAUCUGUCCUGGUGAGAAGAUCUCUGUGUUCCCUUCCGAGAAGAUGCUUAAUCCGGGUGAUGUUGAAGGCGAGUCGGUGCAGAAGCAGCCCGCGUGUAGACCUCCAAAAGGAGGUGAAACAAAGGGGAGGACUUCUGUGGAUGGGAGGCUGAGCAAUGGUGGGGCAAACAGUUUGGAAUCGGAUGCUGAUGGUGGCGCUGAUCCUGUUGAUGGAUGUUUAGAGGCAGGGAAAGAGGCUGAAGAAGGCAUGGGAAGCCUCCAACUUGAUGAUGUGGAUUUGUCCGGGGGAACCAAACCACAUCAGAUCAGAAUUCAGCAACCGAGGAGACAAGGGGUGACAAUAUCUAGGGGACAUAAAAAUUAUGACCUCAUGCUCAAUCUGCAACUUGGAAUAAGACAUUCUGUUGGAAGACCAGCUCCAGCUACAUCUCUUGAUUUGAAGCCUUCAGCUUUUGAUCCUAAGGAGAAAGUAUGGACCAAAUUUCCACCUGAAGGAUCAAAAAAUACUCCACCUCACCAGUCUUGUGAAUUCAGAUGGAAGGAUUACUGUCCAUUGGUUUUCAGGUCUCUGAGAAAAUUGUUCAAGGUGGACCCAGCUGAUUACAUGUUGUCCAUCUGCGGUAAUGAUGCCCUUCGCGAGCUCUCAUCCCCUGGAAAAAGCGGAAGCUUCUUUUACUUAACCAAUGAUGACAAGUACAUGAUAAAGACAAUGAGGAAGGCAGAAGCUAAAGUUUUAAUUAGGAUGCUUCCAGCUUACUAUAAUCAUGUCCGAUCUUUUGAGAAUACUCUUAUCACCAAAUAUUUUGGCCUUCAUUGUGUGAAAUUGACAGGGUCUACCCAGAGGAAGGUGCGAUUUGUUAUAAUGGGAAAUCUGUUCUGUACUGAGUACCCUAUUCAUCGACGUUUUGACUUAAAAGGUUCUUCCCUUGGCCGUACAACUGAUAAAGCUGAGGAUGAAAUUGAUGCAACGACAACCCUUAAGGACCUUGAUCUCAAUUUUCUUUUCCGACUGCAGGAAGAUUGGUUCCAAGAAUUUUGCAGGCAAGUGGACAGGGACUGUGACUUGCUUGAACAGGAGAGAAUCAUGGACUACAGUCUUUUGGUUGGUAUACACUUUAGAGGAAUUACUCCAUAUACUAGAGAAGACCUCAAUGAAGAGGGUCGUACUUCUGGAGUCCACACUCCUGCUGGUAGCAGAGACCCUGCUAAUGAUGAAGCAGCUUCAAAAGCAGAAAUGGAUCAGUUUCUCUGUGACCCUGACCGGUUGGCGUCCCUCAGAUUAGGCGAAAGCAUGCCAGCACGGGCUGAGCAGACAGUGAGAAGCAUCGGUGAAAAUGGCGAGGUUCAGUUAAUUGGAGAACCAACAGGAGAGUUAUACGAUGUCAUCCUUUUCUUUGGUAUAAUAGAUAUACUACAGGAUUACGACAUUAGCAAGAAGCUUGAGCACGCAUACAAGUCAAUCCAAUAUGACCCAACUUCAAUAUCUGCUGUUGAUCCAAAGCAAUACUCCAGACGUUUCCGCGAUUUCGUCUUCAAAGUUUUUGCAGAAGACGGUUAAAGUUGAAGACUAACCUGCAUCAUAAACUUGUAGCUGAUAGGAAAAGCAUGUAUAGCUGGUCUCUGAUGAAGAAUCUGCAGAUUAUAGUUUGCCUAUCAACUAAAAUCAGCCACCUCCUUGCCAUCAUCUGGCAUGGCAUUGGAUGAUUUAAUUUUAUCCACCAGGGUUACAUGGUUCAGUAAUUUGGCAGUGUGAUAUCUUCUCCUAGUUCAAUUCUCAUUUAUAUUCAUGGCUACAGAUGUGAUUUUUGUUUUAGCGAGGUUGUAUAGACCAGCAUUGAGAAUCCAAGCUACUCAACUCAAGCCUGUUCAAUUGUAAAUGAUAUUUUAAGGGGAGUGGGAUAUACCGGUGCUGGAAUUGUUUUUUGUAUCCAAUUUUUUCAGUCCCAGAAGGUGGCAGUCUCUGGGAUUUCAGUGCAGAAUAAUAAUGUACAGAGGGAUAAUUUGCUAUGUGAAUGAA